AUGAGCGCGCGCGUGCUCCUCUCAGCUCUGGCUGUCAUCGGCCACGCACAAGGCCUGAAGCCGCAAUACCCCAUCUUUGAAUCAUGCGCAGCCAGCCCGCUCCUCCCGGACUCCCAGCGGGCCUGCGGCAAGGGCAUGAUGCUGAACCCCGAAGCGCCGACCGUUGACAGCCUCGCCGUGAACGGGACGGGCAAGAAGAAGGACAUCUGGCGCUGGGACGAGGGCUGGCGGGGCCCUCACUCGUGCGCCGUUCCCUUUUGCGCCUACUCACGCCCUUCCUUUGCCGGCGGCCGCGGCAUCGUGCUCGUAAGCACCGCCCCCAACGCCGAGGAGACGUCCCGCCUCCCGGCCUUCUCCAACGAGUCGAUCACGGGCGAGGGCGACAGCGAGCUGUUCCGCAUCGUCGAGGUGCCCGGCAAGGGGCUGGGCCUCGUCGCGAACCAGCCGAUCCGGCGAGGGCAGCGCAUCAUGGCCCACCCGCCCACCGUGGUCGUCCACCGGAGGUUCGUCGACGUCGUUGACCUCGAGAACCAAUACCGCCUCCUCGACGACGCCAUCGCGCAGCUCCCGGACGAGACCCGGGAGGCCUUCAUUGAGCAGGUGGGCCAGUCGGCGGACCACACGUCCCUGGGCCACAAGAUCCACGACAUUAUGCACACCAACUCGUUCGAGCUGAGCCUCGGCAUCAGGGACGGCCAUCAUUUUGGCAACUAUCCGGAAGUGUCGCGGUUCAAUCACGACUGCCGACCCAACGUCGCCUUCUACAUCGACGACUCGGACAUGCGGCACUACACCCACGCCGUCCGGGACAUCCAGCCCGGCGAGGAGCUCACCAUCUCCUACCUCGACUCGCUCAGGGCGCGCGUCGUGCGCCAGGACCGCGCCCAGCGCAACUGGGGCUUCGGCUGCACCUGCGCGCACUGCAGCCUCCCCGAGGCCUUCGUCCGCGCCUCGGACCAGCGCCUCGUCCGGAUGUGGGAGAUUGAGCAGCAGCUCAGCCACUGGAACGGCGAAAAGGUGGACGAGGAGAUGAUCGAGACGCUGGUCACGCUGUACCGGCAGGAGCAGCUGGACCAGUCGCACGGGUCGGACGCGUUCCGGCUGGCCGCGCUGAACUACAACUCGCUGGGGAUGGAGGAGGAGGCGGUCGGGUACGCGAAGCUCGCUGAGGAGCAGCUGCUGCUGGAGGGCGGGCCGCGGUCGAAGCGCGUCGAGGACAUGAGGAGCUUGCUGCGGGAUCCGCGGGCGCACUACAGCUGGCGGCAGAGAGUCUAG